AUGCCGUCGUGGAGACUUCGGCGACCUAUGGUUAGAUCCUUUGGCAUACGAUGCCGUUCCCUCCGUUUCGCAGGUUCUGCGGCACACCCUCAUGUCGACAUGAGCCAGAUCAUGGCUUCCAACCAUCCGGGACGCACCUCAGCAUUGAUCCAGAUGAGGAAUGCUCUCACAACGAAAGGGUACUUCUAUGCCAGCAACGUGGACUGCUUGCCCCAGCACUACAUCGAGAGCGUCUACGCCUUCGCCCGGCAACUCCAUGAACUUCCGGUGGCCGACAAGCGCCGAUGUGCUCGACCCAAUGGUACAUACUCCGGCUCAGAUGCUGGGGUGGAAGAGCUCGCCUACGAGGCAGGAAGUGCUUCGACUGUACGUGCCUGGGACUUCAGCCGCGUGCGAUUUCCUACGUCCGGCCAGUUUUGCCCGGAGGUACACUGCCCUGUCUCUGGCUUGGGCUUUCACGACUUCUUGGAUGAUCUGUACGGACGUCAAGAUAGAUUGGCCGUAGCCUUGAUGACGGCCUUUGCAGAGAUGCUGGAGCUGCCAACGGACACCUUUUCUUCAUGUUUCUCAGGGCACGGCCACGACAUGGGCACAAUCCGCUUGCUGCACUACCCGGCAGCCACGAGCUCAGAAGAGGCAAGGAAGCGGCACGAAGCGAACUACGGCAUCAGCCCCCACACUGACUUCGAGGCAUUUACAUUGAUGCAUCAGAAUGCGCCGGGUUUGCAGUUCCUCCCGCCGAACGGUGCCGACUGGGUAGAUGCACCAGUUCGCGAAGAGGAGUUUGUGGUGAUCGUGGGAGAUAUCCUCGAGCGAUUCACGAAUGGGGUUCUUCGAGCCACGCCGCAUCGCGUGCUUCAGACUGCCCACGAGCGGUUUUCGAUCAUCCGCUUCAAUGCUGCGGCCUGA